AAGCAGAUGCUGUUGACCUUGGGUCACAUUAAAAAAAAUGUAAAGCCUUUGAAGAGUUUGAUGUUUUGUUUGGAGUUCUUUGCUAGCUUCAAUCUAAUAUACAUUUGGGGGAUUUGCAAUUGUAUUUUUUUAGUAUUCCUAUGUUGUUUAAAUAUAUUAUGAAAUUAAAAGAGCAUGUUACUGUACAGAUUAAUAUAAUUUUCACCAGACUACAAAUGUUCAGAAACCACACAGCAGCACUGGCAAACAAGUGUAGCUCAGCUUCACAUAACAUACUGCAGUGAACGUUAAAGCACUUUGUACAGCUGCUUUUUGAGAAAUACAAUGGCAAGGCAAUGAAUACCUCUAUUUGGGCGGCUGCUGUCACAUAGAACAUAUUUUAAGGGCAGAAUGAAUGAGGUCUUUCAAGAGGCUAGUGUUUGAAACAGGUUUGUCUUCUGGAUUUGGCGAGUUCCCAGACUUGAGCUGGAGCCACUCAAACAUCAUGAAAUGACAGACUACAUCAAAGAAGAUAACCCUGGCGUUAAAUGUAUUUCUAUUGGAAGUAGCAGUAGCAUUGGUGUUAUUGUUCAGUGUUUUCUGUAUUUUAACAAAGAAAUGAAUCUCCUUUUGUUUGUUUAGAGGGCUGUUAAAGGAUACCACAAAGAGGAUGUGAUUCGCAGGACGAUUCAUACACAGUUUCUACAUACACUAGGUGGCGCUAUAAUAUAUAAUUUUUAUUUUCAUUAAUAACUUUGGAACCUGAAAAUUACUAGCCUUUAUUUUGUGAACGCAAUCACCAAACUUUAAAACCUGGUACAUAUGGACAACAGGUCCAUGAUAGCGCAAGUAUAGAAAAAAAAAAUCUACAAAAUCACAAAAAGUGCGAAAUCAAUUUAUAUAAUAAUUUCAUGUUCAUUUAAAUCAUAUGCUAAAUUUAAAAAAAGAAGGUAUUUUUCCAACCAACCACUGAUAACGCAACUGUGUUUUCACACAAGACUAGCUUACUGACAGCAUUACACGAAGCUAAAAAAUCCAAAACAAACCCUUAUUGUCGAGCUGGUUUCGAAGGCAUCUAUAAAGUCUGUGGAAUCUGUAGCCCACAAAUCAUGUGAAUUAGCUUUUCCACGGCAUGACCUUCAUACGGAGACUCCCAGUGCACGCCGAUUGGCUCAGUGUUACACAGUUUUCCUGACGAUUGGUUCAGGGAGUGCGUCAGGUCUCCUGAACCUUGUAACCGAGGGGUGGAAUAAAGAUUGCAGGCAAACUUUGACAAGAGGCGCACAUUUGGACAUCUGGACAAGUGCACUGGGCUUAGUUACUAUUAUACUGGAACUAUGAAAAGUUUAAAACAACGGCUUAAGAAAAAUGAGAGUACAGAAUGGGGAAAGUAUGAUGAGCGUCUGAUGAAGGCAGCAGAAAAUGGAGAUAUAGAGAAACUCACAGCCACACUCAAGAAAGGAGCCAACCCCACCAAACUAGACCUCAAGGGCCAUUCUGCGUUUCAUGUUGCUGCUAGCAAAGGUCUUAUGAAUAGUCUAAAUGUUUUCCUGGAUAACGGUGUCAAUGUGAAGGCCGUAGAUGGUGCCGGUAAAACAGCUUUGCAUCUGGCUGCAGCAGGUGGUCAUUCCAUGUGUGUGCAGAGACUGCUGCAGUGUAAAUGUCCUGUUGAUGGUACAGACCUGCAGGGCCGUACGGCUUUGCAUGAUGCAGCAUAUGUAGGCUGCAAAUCCGCCAUCAAAGUACUCUGUGACAGCGGUGCAUCUAUUGAUGCUGUCAACGCAGAUGGUAGAUCACCCUUAUUGCUUGCCGCUAAGAUGAGCCAAUCAGGAGCAUGCCAGAUGCUUGUGCAAUAUGGAGCAUGCACUGUUCUUCGAGACAAGCAAAACAAGACUGCGCUAAUCAUAGCUUGUGAGAAUACCUGUAAAGAAACAGUGGAGAUUCUCCUAAAGAGUAAGGCAGAUGUUUCUGCAGUGGACCUUUAUGGCCAUGAUGCUUACCACUACGCCAAACUAAGUCAGAAACAAGACUUGAUCACACUUGUACAACAUGCCUUGGAAACAGCCACUAAAGCUAAGGAAGCUGCCACUGUUUCACAGAAGAUCCAACAGGCUAAACCCCCAUCAGCAGUGAUCGGCCAGACCAAAGCAGGAUCAGUAAAGACUGAGAAACCUUUGUCAGAGCCACUAACAGUCAGGCCUGCACAGUCAGCUCCUGUGCCGGUGAAAUCUGCUCCGAUGGAGUUAUUGCCUGGUGAGGUGGAGGCCCUUAGGAGAGAACUAAGAGAUUCACGAAGGAGGCAAGAAGCAGCAGAGGCGGAGGUGCACAGGCUGGACACGGCGCUGACUCUGCGUGCUCUGGAGUAUGAAGGACUGAGAAGAAGUAGUGAGCAAGCUCUGCAUGCGGCCCAUAACCAGUCGUGGGAGCUGGAGCAGGCCCUGGGUGAGGUGCAGAGGAGGAUGGCCGGCUCGGAAAACCGAGUGAGACAGAUGCAAGCUCAUCUGGUGACCGUCAGGGAGCACUUGGUGGAAGAGCUGAGAGUCCAGCUCCAAGAGGCCAAAGGUCACCGAGAGGCAGCCGUAGCCAAUUUUGGGAGGAUGCAGAAGGAGUUCAUCCAGAGCCAGAGGGAGGUGGAGCAGCAGAAGGAGAACCAGAGCUCCUUAAUGCAGGAACUUAGUCGGCUUUCCCAUGAGCUCCUCAGCAGAGAAGAGCAAAUAAACACAUUGAGGACCAGGUUACCAGAAAUGGAGACACAGCAAACUGAGAUGUUGUGUAAAAAAGCUCAGACCCCAUCAGAAUGGUGCCUCACUCAUGAGAAGGGCACCAUGACUGACCUCAUCACAGAGACCAGUGAACAAACCAUAGAUCCAGAGAACUACAUUAGCAAGAUUGAGCACACAGUCAUAACUAACUCACUGAAAGAUGCACUGCAGCAGGCUGAAACCAAAGCUGAUGAGGCUCUACAGAAGUACCAGAGUGCCCAGAAGGAGAACCAGAGCCUACUGAGAGAACUUCAAGAACAAAAGACUGAGCUGGACACCAUCCAGGAGGCUCUGCAGGCUAGGAUUGUUCCUGUUGCCUUAGUGGAAGAAAAGGAGAAAGAGGUGGAGCGACUCAAACUGGCCCUUGAAGAGAUGGAGAAGCAACAAAACCAGGCUAUUGUGAACAUCUCAAACAUAAAGGAUGAAGGUAUUCAGCGAGAAGAACACAGACAGCCAUGCACAAGUGAAGUACAGCAUAACCAAGUGUCUUCUUCUGCAGGGAGUGACAAAGCAGAAUGUGAAGUCACUAGAAGUGCGGUGAAAAAUGUGCAGCCAACUGAAAAAGAGAGCAAAAGUAGCACAACUGAAGACCAGGGCAGCACAUUGCAAGAUCAAUUUGAAAAGUCAUCAAUGGGGCAGAGGUUGGGUCAGGUCAACAUAUCAGAACCCAUCAGCUCCUGUGAACCAUCACAGUCUGACAGCUCUCUCCAGUCUCAGGUCCACAGCCUACAACAGCAGCUAGAGGACUGUGAAAAACAUUAUAGACAUGUGCUUUCAAUAUACCGAACACGGUUGCUCAGUGCAGCACAGGGUUACAUGGAUGAAGAGGCAAGAGUGGCUCUGCUUCAGAUUGCCAAGAUUAGAGAGGAGUGUGUGUGUUGAGCAUUCACUGUGCUGCUGUUCCUGAAUGUGUGUGUGUGUGUGUGUGUGUGUGUGUGUGUGUGGGUGUGUGUGUGUGUGUGUACUACUGUCCAAAAGCAUGGGGUCUGUAAGAUAUUUUUAAUGUCUUUGAAAGAAGUCUUAUGCUCACCAAGGCUGCCUUUAUUUGAUUAUUUUAUUUAAAUAUAUUUCAAUUUUUAUUUAUCUCUAAUGGCAAUGUUCUAUUUUUAGCAGUCACUACUUUAUUCAUUAUUCAGUGUCAUGUAAUCCUUCAGAAAUCAUUUUAAUAUGCUGAUUUGGUUCUCAAGAAACAUUUCAAUGUUAAGAACAUCAAUGUUAAGAACAAUAGUGCAGCUUAAUAUUUUUGUGUGAUACUUUUUUUUCAGUUCAAAGUUCAAAAGUUAUAAAGUUAUAUAUUUUAGUAACAAAUUAUUUAAAAUAAAACUGAAAUUCAAAUUUGCUGUGAUUUGGAUUUUGUAUUUUCCCCUUUAAUAAUGAAAAUUCUUGUGUAAAUUAACUGUUGUUCUUUGUAACUAAUUUAAUCCACAA